GUCAUUAGUGCAUUGUCUUUUCAACAGUUUGUGUGUUUCAAUUAAUUGAAUCAAAAAAGAAACAAAAAAAUUAAUUCGAAUCAUUCCGAGGGACGAUAGAAAAGUUAAUGACGAUGUCUUGUUAUGUUGUGCUUUUUAGUUGUGCCAUGGCAGUGAUGGCAGUGAACGGUGCAACAGUAAAUAGUAAUUUUGUGAUCGAAACGCCUAGAUUAAAUAGUGGAGAUGAGCUCGUAUCUUCGAUUGUAAAUGAGUGUUUCGAUAGCGAAAUGAUGCCGUGCUUAAAAGGAAAAGUGUUAACAUAUUUGGAUACACAGUUGAAUAUCGACGAACCAUACGGACGAUCGUUUGGUAAAGCCGACACUGAUGAGAAAAUCUAUGACCGUGUCUCUCGCUUGUUAAACACCAGAGAGUUCAGAGUGCAAUUACCGGAAACGUUUUUCGACAAUGCCGCGUUAACUUUUCGCUCCGAUCGUGGUAUUGAUAUCGAUUUACCGAAUGAAGUGGCCGAAGAAGCACGCGGAGAUUUAUUGAAAAAGAAACUUCUGUUGCCUGUGCUCUUGCUGCUUAAACUGAAAAUGAAGGCUUUGAUGCCCAUUUUCGUCGCCCUAAUUGGAUUGAAAGCAAUGAAAGCGUUAAUCUUAUCAAAAUUGGCUAUUGGCAUCGUACUUGGAUUUGUGGCCUAUCAAUUGUUCAGCAAAAAAACUGCCAUGUCAAUGAUGCCUAUGACACCCGACCCAAUGACCGCUUAUUCUCCAUCUACCACCGCAUCGUCUUAUGAUCCGAGUAGCUGGGAACCGAGCAGUGCUGGUGGUCCAUAUUCGCGAGUAUGGGAACCAUCUGCUUCGUCCUCAUCAUCCCAAUCGCUAGCGUACAGUUCGUACUAUCCGAGCAGUUCGUCGUCCGGAUCUAGUUCGUUGGGAGGCAGUUCGUCCUCAUCCGGUUCGUCUGGUGCAUCUAGCUCAUUACAUUCAACAUAUUCAGUUUGAAGAUUGUUAUCGUUUUGAAUUGUAAUUGGAAUUGUUUAAUUUAUUUAUUAUUUAUUCGUCGACUUGAUCUUCUUCUAGGCUAGGCUAGAAGUUCUAGCAAAUUUGAUCAUUUUUUGGUUUCCAUUCGUAACGAAAUACGUCAUUACAGGCAUAUACAUUUUCGAUCUAUCCAAUUUGUUAGUAAUAAAGAAAAUUUUGAAAACUUCAUUUUGGCUGCCGAUUUUAUAAUUAAUUUUUAUUGAUCUUAUCAACUUCGAAUAUAAUUAGUGCACACUGUAAAUUAUUGUAUUGUAUAUUCUUCAUCUUAUUUUAAUAAAAAAGAAAUUCUUGGAUAA